AUCAUUUGGAAUGCAGUCGAUGCUAGCUAUUCUGUCCCAAUCUAUUGAAAAGAUAUUGAACUCGAAGAUUUCAUAUAGUGAAUUGAAAACGAUGCUAAAAAAAUUCCUGACCGAGAAUCAAUGAUUAAUGGGGGUAUCUUUUGAAUUGGAAACCCAGUUUUAUAUCCACACAUCGACGUUUAACGUGAAUCUUUUGUAGACUUUUAAAACCUUUGUAUGACUUCAGACUUUUGAAUGAGGAGAAGGAUCAGAAUCAAUAUACUAUUUAACAGAGAAGUAGACUAUACCAAAACCAUGUGAAACAGCAGUGGACCACAUGAAACAUCUCUCUCAAGAUCUAUGUGACUUUGAAUGUUAAAUCGUACUCUUUCAUUGCGUGUGAAAUCAAAACCGAUGUUCUUGCUCUCCGUGAACACACAUGCCAUCAAAAAUGAAACAUGAAACAUCAUUCACAUUCUGAGUUAAUUAUGAUUAUCUGUCAAUAUGCUUCAGUCGCAUUGAGCAAUGGAACCAAGGACCAUUUUACUGCUUCCUGCCUCAUCAACAUGGAGAGAUAACUAGUCCCAGAGUUCGGAUGAUAUCAAAUGCGGUUCUUAUUCAUCUUAACAACAAUAUUCACGCACUCCUCGGCGGCAGGUUCUAGUGAUUGCAAUGCCCUUAUCAACCAAUUUUCUCAGAACAAAGCCAUUAACGAAUCCACGCAGCCAAAUACAUCUAUUCUCAAUGUGACUGUGAGCGAGGUUUUACAAGACAAGAUGAACUUUGAAAUCAUUUAUCCAUCUGAAUUGAGUGUCUUCCUAUUAGAUUAUAUCAAACUUCAAUAUGACGGAAACACGUUAGCAUUGAUUCUCCAAAAGUCCAUUGAUGUAGAAUACAUUUAUGAGAAAAAGAACAAAUAUGCAUUAACUUACUUCCAAGUAGAAUUCAGUUGUGAGCAGUUCAGUACAGUGAUGAACAUCUCAGUUGUUGAUGAGGAUGAUAAUGGUCCCGUCUUCUCCAACACACAGUCCAACAACUGCACGCUCGCAGGUUACACCGCCAGUUCCGUCAGAGAAUACGUGGGACGCUUAGAGACAAGCCCUGGAGGAAUCGUAGCAGCAGACGGAGAUAUAACCGGAAAUAACGUCACGUACUCCUUUCUCUAUGGUGAACCCUUUGAAUAUGAAGAGUACUUCAGCAUCAACCCUCAGUAUGGACACGUCAACAAGACAAGGGGAGUAACUGAGGAUGAUCCGCAUGAUUUUAUGAUGAUCAUUCAGGCCACGGAGGUGUCAACCCUUAAUCGGACUAAGAUCGCAGUGUUAGAUGUCGGUGUGUAUGAAAGUGUUAAUGUCGUUUCAUCGGAGGUCAAGGCUAACCAGGGCGUUUUGAUAUUCUUACAAGUUCUGAGUGGUGUGCUUAUUCUUGCUUUUACCGUUGCGUUUGGUUUCAUUGUGCAUCAUCGAAUCAAAAAACACACCAUAAGUCCGAAAAUUCCCGACAGUGCAAAUACCAGCAAGUUUGACAGCAUGGAAGCGGUAACGGAAGAUUCAUUCAUCCUGGAAAAUACGAUAGUGCUGACAGAGACAAACCAGUUGAAUGGAGGCCCGAUUUAAAAAUCAAAGGUGUGUGAAAAUAAUCCAAGGACAGGAAACAGUGAUUGUUGAUAAAAUCUAGAUACUGCAAUUUUAUUCUUACUGUUAUAUUAAACCAUAUAUAUAUAUAUAUAUGCACUCUGUUAUUUAACUGUAUACAGGGAAAUAUUCGCCCCCGUCUUAUUUUCGCCCCUUUUUGCCCUCAUUGUCGAGGGGUGAAUUUAAGAUUGAACGAAACAUUUUUUUUCCUCUUUUAACACAACUGUGUCUGGGUGAAUUUAAAGCGGGUUAAAAAUGGCGAAAAAUGUCGCUGUAUACAGCAACAUGCUAUGUGUGUUACCUGUGCAUUACGUAUUAAAAUUGCAUAAAAGUAUUUGCUUAUUGCCUACGUGCGGCAAUUUCUCAAAAUGUGAAGCUAGAAUACAUGAAUAUUUUGGCAUUAAAGUUUUUAAUAUGCAA